AUGGUUGUCCCAACUUUUGCCGGCAUGUCCGGCAAGCUACUGUCGCGCUCUGUCACCACAACUGCUACGAUGGGCUUCCUGCUUUUUGGUUAUGAUCAGGGUGUCAUGAGUAGUAUCGUUGAUGCCAAAGCUUUCACGGAUGUCUUGACUGAGCUAGAUGGCGACCCCACAAUGCAGGGUACCGUUACGGCGUUGUAUGAGAUUGGCUGUCUUAUUGGUGCUGUUUUCAUGCUCAUUUGGGGUGACUGGCUAGGUCGUCGGAAAGGUAUCAUCAGUGGCGCUGUCGUCAUGAUUCUCGGUGUGAUCAUUCAAGUCACUUCUUACCCUGGUAAACAGCCACUUGCACAAUUUACAAUCGGACGUAUCAUUACUGGCGUUGGCAAUGGCAUGAACACCUCGACCAUCCCCACCUACCAGGCUGAGUGCUCUCGAACAUCGAACCGUGGUCUGUUGAUCUGUAUUGAGGGUGGUACUAUUGCCUUCGGUACUCUCAUUGCAUACUGGAUAGACUUCGGUGCUUCAUAUGGCCCUCCCGACAUAAUCUGGCGCUUCCCCAUUGCCUUCCAGUGUGUCUUUGGUGUGUUUAUCAUUAUUGGAAUGUUUGUUCUCCCUGAAUCUCCUCGUUGGCUUUUCACCCGUGAGCGCUAUGAGGAGGGCGAGAAAGUCAUAGCUGCACUCAUGGGUGCCGAGAGAGAUUCGCACGAAGUUACUCUGCAAAAGAACAUCAUCAUGGACUCCAUCCGUGCUUCUGGUCAAGCAAGUAAGACUACCCCAAUGUCUGCCGUAUUCACCGGUGGUAAGACUCAGCAUUUCCGUCGAAUGUUGCUCGGUGCUUCUUCCCAGUUGAUGCAACAAAUCGGUGGCUGCAACGCGGUCAUUUACUAUCUGCCAAUUCUGUUCAAGAACUCCGUCGGUUUGACUGGGAAGCUUCCAUCAAUUCUGGGUGGUGUCAACAUGAUUGUUUAUUCCAUCUUCGCCACGGCCUCUUGGUUUUUGAUCGAAAGAGCCGGACGACGCAAGUUAUUCUUGUGGGGAACCGUCGGCCAGAUGGUGUCGAUGGUCAUAACAUUUGCUUGCUUAAUCCCUGGAACACCUGGUCCUGCCAAGGGUGCUGCUUUCGGUCUGUUCACCUACAUUGCAAGUUUCGGUGCAACUUGGCUGCCGCUUCCCUGGCUAUACCCUGCUGAAAUCAGUCCGAUCAAGACCCGUGCCAAAGCCAAUGCCCUUUCAACUUGUUCCAAUUGGCUUUUCAACUUUUUGAUUGUGAUGGUCACUCCUAUCAUGAUUGACAAAAUCAAGUGGGGAACAUAUCUGUUCUUCGCCGCGAUGAAUGCUUGCUUCCUGCCUGUGAUCUACUUCUUCUACCCCGAGACUGCCCGUCGGUCUUUGGAGGAGAUUGAUCUGAUCUUUGCCAAAGGUUUCUCGGAAAACAUUAGUUAUGUCCGCGCUGCCAAGGAGCUACCUUACCUGUCGGAUGAGGAUGUCGAACGUCUCGCUGUUCAGUAUGGUUUCGGUGCUCCUGACGAGACCAAGGCCGACAUUAUCAAUGAUAGCCCCGGUAAUACUUCUCAAAAUGAGCAGGAGAAAGGUACUUUCCGUCACGAGCUAUAG